AUGGCGAGGGUGAGGCCAUGUAGCCAAAUCACACUGCUGGGCAUCUUGCUGCUGGCUGCAGCUCUGCCUAGUUCCUCCUUGAGCAGUAGCAGUGAGACUGACCUCACUUCUCUGCUAGCUUUCAGAGCCCAGGUGUCUGAUCCUCUUGGAAUCCUUCGCAUGAACUGGACAGCCAGCACAUCCUUCUGCCACUGGAUAGGCAUCACUUGCAGCCCGCGUCGGCAGCGUGUCAUUUCUUUGGAGCUCCCCAACAUACCCCUGCAAGGCAUGAUCAAUCCAUAUCUUGGUAAUCUCUCUUUCUUGUUUUCCCUCAAUCUCGCAAACACAGAGCUGUCAGGCUCCAUUCCAGCUGAUCUUGGAAGGUUGACUCGUCUUAGAGUUCUUGAUCUCGGUCACAAUCGAUUGUCAGGUACUAUACCAUCUGCCAUAGGAAACCUUACUAGAAUCCAGGUUCUUGUUCUACACUACAACAGUAUCUCGGGGCAUAUCAUUCCAGAGCUCGAAAAUUUGCAUGACAUUAGGUACAUAAGUUUUGUAAAGAAUGACUUAAGUGGCUACAUACCUGAAAAUUUAUUCAACAGCACACCUUUGUUAAGCCACAUAAAUUUUGGAAACAAUAGCCUGUCAGGAACAAUACCAAAUUGUAUUGGUUCCUUGUCCAAGCUAGAGACCCUAGCAUUGCAAGUUAAUCAACUCACAGGCCCAGUGCCUCCAUCCAUAUUCAACAUGUCUAGGCUGCAGCAAAUGAUCCUGUACGGAAACUACAAGCUCACUGGACCUAUCCCUGAUAAUAUAAGCUUUAAUCUCCCGAUGUUGCCAGUGAUCGAUCUCCAUAGGAACAGCUUCAAAGGUCGACUCCCAUCUGGACUUGCAGCAUGUCAAUACCUCAAUAAAAUUAAUAUGAUUGCCAAUUUAUUUGCUGAUGUUUUGCCAACAUGGUUAGCUACACUACCACAGCUAACUGUCAUAGCCCUGGGCAACAAUCAAAUUUUUGGACCAAUCCCAGAUGUGCUCAGCAACCUCACCGGGCUUGUUGACCUAGAACUUGCGUUCUGUAAUCUAACUGGAGAGAUUCCACCGGGAUUGAUAGAAUUGAGGAAGCUUUCUAGAUUGCACCUUUCGCAUAAUCAUCUGACUGGCUCAUUUCCUAGUUUUAUUGGUAACCUAUCUGAACUAUCUUUUCUGGUCUUGAAAUCAAAUGCAUUGACAGGAUCUGUACCAACAACAGUUGGGAAUAGCAGAUCACUUAACAUUUUUAGCAUUGGGUGGAACUUCCUUCAUGGAGGACUUGAUUUUUUGCCUAUCCUUUCGAAUUGCAGGCAACUCCAAACCCUUGACAUUUCAGCUAGUUUUUUCACUGGUAAUCUUCCUGACUAUCUGGGAAACUUCUCUAGCCAGUUGUCAUUCUUCUUAGCAUUCGACAAUGAGUUAACUGGCAAUCUUCCUGCUAGUCUAUCAAAUCUAAGUGCUCUAAGCCUGUUGGACCUUUCAUACAACCAAAUAAGCAGCUUAAUCCCAGAGUCCAUCAUGACGUUGAAAAAUCUACGGAUGCUUGACUUCUCCAUGAAUAACAUGUCUGGUCAUGUACCAAAACAAAUUGCUACUCUCAGCAGCCUAGAACGAUUGUUUCUUCAUGACAACAAAUUUUCAGGUGUUUUACCAAAUAACCUUGGUAACCUCACUAGGAUGCAGUAUAUUGGGCUGUCUUAUAAUCAGUUCUCUUCAGGUGUGCCAUCCAGCAUUUUCUACCUUGACAAUCUCGUUUUACUUGAUCUGUCUCACAAUUCCAUAACUGGUGUGUUACCGUUACCUGAUGAUAUUAGCAGCUUGGCACAAAUUGAUCAAAUCGAUCUUUCUGCCAACCACUUGUUUGGCAAACUUCCCAAUUCACUUGGACAGCUUCAAAUGCUGACCUACUUGAAUCUAUCAAAUAACUUGUUUAGUGGCUCAAUUCCUGACUCCUUUAAGAAACUAUCAAGUAUAGCGACACUCGACCUAUCCUCCAACCAUCUGUCUGGUAACAUUCCGAAAUACUUUGCCAAUUUUACCUACCUAAUGAGCCUUAAUCUCUCCUUCAAUAAUCUACAAGGUCAGAUACCAGAGGGUGGUGUUUUCACAAACAUUACUCUGCAGUCUUUGAUGGGCAACUCUGGGCUGUGUGGUGCUUCUCGUUUAGGAUUUUCACCGUGUCCAGGAAAUUCUUACUCGGCUCAUUCACACAUCCUAAAGUUCAUACUCCCUGCAACUGCAACUGUGGCACUAUGUCUUAUAGCUAUUUGCUUGUACCUGUUGAUCAGAAAGAAAAAAUUAAAGCAGAGGGAGGUAAUGGGUUCUGCCAGGAUGGCUGAUGCUUUUGGCCAUGAUGUAAUCUCCUACCAUGAUAUUGUGCGUGCUACUGGUAAUUUCAGUGAGGAAAAUUUGGUGGGAUCUGGAAGCUUUGGUAAAGUUUACAAGGCCCAACUGGGUGACAACUUGGUUGUUGCAAUAAAAGUUCUGAAUAUGCAGCUUCAACAGGCUGUGAGGAGUUUCGAUGCUGAAUGCCAAGUAUUGCGCAUGGUUCGGCACCGCAACUUGAUACGAAUUAUUAACACCUGUUCCAACCUAGACUUUAGAGCACUGGUGCUUGAGUACAUGCCUAAUGGUAGCUUGCAGUCACACCUGCACAGUGAAGGCACGCCACACCUUGGAUUCCUUAAGAGAUUAGACAUUAUGCUAGAUGUGUCGAUGGCAAUGGAGUAUCUGCACCAUGAGCACUAUGAGGUAGUCCUGCAUUGUGACUUGAAGCCUAGCAAUGUGCUAUUUGACGAAGCAAUGACAGCACAUGUUGCAGACUUUGGCAUUGCAAAACUGCUCCAAGGUGAGGAGAGCUCCAUGAUUUCAGCAAGCGUGCCUGGAACAAUAGGAUACAUGGCACCAGAAUAUGGCUCCCUGGGUAAAGCCUCAAGGAAGAGUGAUGUAUUCAGCUUCGGUAUCAUGUUACUGGAAGUCUUCACCGGAAAGAUGCCAACUGAUUCAAUGUUCGCUGGAGAACGAAGCCUUCGGGAGUGGGUUCAUCGAGCAUUUCCAUCGAGGCUUCUUGAGCUCCUGGACACUGAACUCGUACAAGAUAUUGAAGAAAAUUGCGGCUUUAUCCGUAAUCAUGGUAACAAUCCCUCAGAGUCUGCUAGCAGUCUAAUUGACCUUGUCCCAAUAUUCGAGUUGGGUCUGCUGUGCUCAAGAGAUGCACCUGAUGAAAGGUUGACAAUGAAGGAUGUGGUUGUGAAGCUGAAGAGGAUGAAGAAGGACUAUGUUGAUUCUGCGGGGAGGAGGUAA